AUGAAUACUGUGCAUUCUCCCCCAACACAUGGCUCUAGUGGAACCAUGGAUCUGUUUGGAGACAUAGAUGACAUUUCUUCAGAGAGUGAUGAGGACAGUCCACUGCCUAUCCCAGGACAGCCUGUUGGUGCACGUGGACUGCCUCGGGCCCAGCGGGAGGAGGAGCCGCUUUCUGAUGCCAGAAUAGAAAUAGAAACUCCCAAUUUCAGAUCUGAUUUAGGAAAUGAAUUGUACUUUGUGAAGCUACCCAAAUUUCUCAGCAUAGAACCCAAACCUUUUGAUCCUCAGUACUAUGAAGAUGAAUUUGCAGAUGAGAAAGUGCUUGAUGAAGAAGAUAGAACCAGGUUAAAAUUAAAGGUAGAAAAUACUAUACGGUGGAGGGCACGCCGGGACAAAGAAGGAAAGGAAGUUAAAGAAAGCAACGCUCGGAUGGUGAAGUGGUCAGAUGGAAGCAUGUCCCUGCAUUUAGGCAGCGAAGUGUUUGAUGUCUACAAAGCCCCCCUGCAGGGCAACCACAGCCACCUGUUUGUUAGAGAGGACACUGGUCUGCAGGGACAAGCCAUCUUUAAAUCCAAGCUCACCUUCAGACCUCACUCUACAGACUAUGCCACACAUAAAAAGAUGACCCUGCCACUUGCUGACAGAUGCUCAAGGACACAGAAGAUUAGGAUCUUACCCAUAGCUGGUCGUGAUCCUGAAUGCCAGCGCUCGGAGAAGAUCAAGAAAGAAGAACAACGUUUGAGGGCUUCUACUCGCCAGGGGACAAUCUGUCUUCGGGAGAAGCGGAACCGGCAGGGGCCGAGUGUCCCCUACCCGGUGUCCAGUAGCGACAGCGAGGAGGAGGAAGAGGAACAGGCCAGAAUCUAUCUGUCAGACAGCGAUGAAGGAUCAGAAGAAGUCAAGUCUCAAGGAUCACCGAGACCAAAGCCACUCAGCAGUGAUGAGGUGGUCCCUCCAGAAACAGGAAAGCAGGAGGUGAAGAGAAAGCGGAUGACAGACUCAUAAAACGUGCACUCACUGCCUGUAUUGUUUUCAAGUUUGUUUUAAAACAAUAAUGAAAUGCCUUGUUUUAAGCAAUGAAUUGAGUUGUUUUUGCAUAACCCCAGUUGUGAAUAAAAAUGUUCAGAAGUGCCCGGCCAGUGUGGCCUAGU